AUGAGCCAUCAAUGGUCCAAUGAAGAUUUUUGCUCAGAACUGGAGCAUGUGGCUAACCUUUUGGCAGAAAGACCUAACUCUGUUGUUGGCCAUUCUGCCUUGGGAGCUUUGAAGCAAAGGCUUCAAGGGGUUCCUGGAUGGACUGCCUCUGGCCUGACAGAGCUCUAUGCCAAAGUCAAAGCAGCUGCUCUUCCUCAGAAGUUGAAAGAAGAGAUCAUGCAGGUCAUGGAUGCCCUGUCUGUGUCACAAGAAAGCAACUUGCAGUUGCAGAUGAAGGCCCAAAGCCUUACCAAUUUGCCUCCCUACCUCACUUUGGCUGACUGGGAAAAGAUCAAUGCUUCACAGUCCUUCUUGGAUGGCAUGAGGGUGUUGUGUGAAAGGUUGAAAGCAUUGGGCAUUAAGAGUAUGAAGGAAGACACCAAGAAGUGUGUCAUAGCUUUGCUCCUGCAUGUGAAACCCACUGUGCAGAAGCAGCCACUUCCAAGCAACUGGGCUGUCUACUACAUGGUGACUGACUUGGUGAGUGUUUUUGCUUCCACUUCUUCUGCAGGAUGCCAAGUGUCUGGCUUGAAGACAUACCCAAUGUCUCCUAGCCAGCUGUCCCCUACUUUCCUGGAGAAGGCCUAUGGCACUGAGAAACCAGCCAUGCAAGAGCUGUCCUUAAGCUACUUGCACCAUGCAAUUUCUUUGAGGGAUACAAAUAAGUUGCUCAAAGAGGAGCCCAAGGCAAAGGCUAGCAAGAAGAAGCCUCCUGCUUCAGAACCAGUUCCUGUAGCUGACCAAGGAUAUGGCUUGCUGGAGAAGAUGGAGCAGUUCAUGGAGAAGUGGUGUGACAGAGAAACCGCAAACCAACUUGCUGAGAAAAGGAGCCACUUGGGUGGCUCUGUUGGCAGGCCUCCAGCUACAGGCUUGCAAGGCAGCCAACCAGUCUCCAAUGGCAGAGCUUCUGAGCAACUUCCUUCUGUGGAUGGAGGCUGCCAUGCUGCUGAGUGUGGAAGUGUGGCAGAAAAACUUCCCCAUGCUCUGGUGCCUGUGGAAACACAUUUGGGCACAGCUAGCUUGGAAGAUUUCGAGGAUGAAGCUUACAAGAAGUUGGCAAGCAGAAGGGCUGCUGGCAAAGGGAUGAAAAGGCCAGCUGCUGCCCCUUCCCAAGUGAAGCCAGUUGCCAAAGCCAGCAGCAGUGCUUCCAAGAAAGGCAAACCAGCCAAGAAGAAAGUUCAAGGUAGAAAGUUCUACUCAAGGGAAGAAUGGAAGGAACCAAUCUUGGAGUUCAAGUCUGUGGCAGGAAAAUGGAAAAAGGAUAAGGAAGCUGGGCCUGCCAAGCUUCAGAGACUCAACAACUUGAGAAGAUCAAUUCCGAAUUGUAGCAAAGCAAGCCUGCAUGGCAUUUUGAAAGAUAUUGAAAAGCAUGGUGUGCCUGAGCUGAACAAUCCAAAGCAAAUGACUGAAGCUGCUAAGCAGCAUUUGGCCCAGUUCUUCACCUAUGGCAGCCUCUUAGUGUCACAUGAAUUCUUCAAAACUGAUGGAACAAGUAUUCAGUUGCAAGUGGUGAAUUUUCAAAGCCUUUUGCAUGCCAGCUUCAAGCUGGGGGGCAGCUUCUUUCAAUGCAUGGCUGCAGGGCUCACUGCACAGCCUUCAUCACCAAACAUGAUGUGGAAUUUGAUCCUUUACAGCGAUGAAUGUUUGCCAGCCAAUGCUUUAGGCAAAGCUGCCAAAAAAGUUUGGGUAGUGUAUGGCACUUUCAAAGAAAUUGGAAGGCAUGCCAUAUCCCAAACUCAACAUUGGUUGCCUCUCUUCAUUUGCAGGAGUUCCAUAGUGGCAACAUUGGAAGGCCACAUGGGCCAAGUCAUGAGGGUCAUCAUGGAGAUGAUAUUUGUGUCGAUUGAAACACCACCAGAGAUUGGUUUGGUAUUGCAUGGGCCAGCAGGCCAAAAGUUCAGAGUUCACUACCAGCUUGGCUUCUUUGUUCAAGAUGGAGCCAGCCAAAAAAUCACUUUUGGCUUGAAAGGAGAUGCAGGUAGCAAUUACUGCUUGAAAUGCUGCAAUCAAAUUGUUUUUUUGACUGAGCAGGAUGAUGACCCUGACAAUGCUGUUAUCAGAGCAAUAAGCAAAAAGGAUUUGGUGCUGGCCACUGACAAUGAUGCACUGAAUUCUUUUGAUCGAUUAGCAGCAAGAAGAUCAAGUUGCUCACCAGCAGAAUUCCAAGAUUGGCAGCAAGCUACUGGGUGGAUUUUUUCUACCCAAGGAAUCUUGAGCUCUGCUGCCUUGAGGCCAUGGCUAAAGCCCAUCUCACAAUUCCAUCAUGACUACAUGCAUGGUAUGUGCUCCAAUGGAUGUCUCAAUAUUGGUAUUUACCUAGUUUUGGAGCACCUCAACACAAUGGGCUUGCAGUCUUGGAAAAACAUGGGCACUUAUUGCAGCCUAUGGACAUUGCCUGCUGCCUUCAAGAAAGUCUGCAAUUUGCCUUCAUUGUUUGCAACUGCCAAAGUGGAUUCUUACAGAAAAGCUUUCAAAGUCAAGAUUCCUGCCAGUGAGAUUUUGUGCGUUUACCCCAUUGUUCAACAUUAUGUCCAGAAAAUGGAAAAGCAAGGUGCUGGUGGCCCAGAGACAACUGCCUUUUUGAAGCUUUGUGAGAUGAUGGAUCUCCUCCUGGCUACACAGCAUGGUGUGGUGUCAGGACAGCAGUUAGACAAAUGUGCUGAAGAAACUUUGCAUUUUUUCAAAGUUGCCAAAUGGGGCCAAUUCUGUAUCAGGAAAUUUCAUUGGAAUUUGCAUUAUGGUGAUUCCUUGGAGUGCCACAAUAUGCUCUUGCCAGCUUGGACAAUGGAGAGAAAGCAUAAGGAGGUGACUGCCAUGGCAACCAGGAUCCAAAAUUUGAAGUUUUUUGAGGACAGCUUGUAUACAGAGAUUCUUUCCCAGCAGCUCCACAACUUAGAGUCGAACCAGAAGCUUCUGAAUGCAUUGGAAAAAGAAUCCAAAGCACCUUGCAAGUUGAAGGAAUUUUUGAAAGAGCACCUUGGAAUUACCAGCAAUGACAUCUUUAUCAGUAAGAACCUGGUGCUGUCUUCUGGAAAUCUGGCAGCUCAAGGAGAUGUGGUCCUCAUCAAUGCCUUGAACAAAUGGGAUGCAGCCCAGAUUUUGGUCAAUUUCAGCUUUUCACAAUGUGCUUUCGCUUUGGCUGAUCAACUCAGUCUUCUGACAUAUGACCCAUGCUUGGGGAAUGCCAAUUGGACAGAACAUGCAGGCAUCUGCAUUUUGCCAGCCAAAGACAUCUUGUGUUCUGUCACAUAUACAAGAACCAGGGCUGGAUUGAUGACCCUGGUCCCAUACCAUCUGCGGUGA